AUGACUGCUGAAAGUGUGAUCUUAAGUGUGUCUAAAGGCAUCCUCACAACUGAAAUACAACAUCAAGACGUGACAGUUAAAGGUUCUGGUGAGAACAAACUGAUAAUUGAAUCCAAUAACCUGGUAAUCCUCAACAACCUGCUGGCCAAAGUGUCGUAUACCAGCACUAUCUACCAUAUAAACACUGGAGACCUUGCCACAUUCCAGUUUGAAAACCAUGAAGCGGUGUUCCCCAUUGCCAUCAAACAGCCUCAUAUACCAGUCCUGUACGACAUAGGGACAGACAUUAGUUCUCAAGUCACCAUCACCACAAAGACUUUCCUGCGCUACAGAGAACUGAAGGUGUUGUUGGACAGCAUCCAAAAAUUCUACAACAACAUAAAAGUGAUUAUUGCAGAUGACAGCUUAGAACCAGAGCCAAUUCACAGAAAAAACAUGUUACAUUACAUCAUGCCUCCAGCACAGGGCUGGUUUGCAGGCAGAAAUCUGGCUGUUUCCCAGGUAACCACCAAGUACUUCCUGUGGGUGGAUGAUGAUUUUGUGUUUACAGAGAAGACAAAGAUGGAGAAGCUUGUGGAGGUCAUGGAGGCGAACCCUGAACUGGAUGUGGUUGGUGGGGCUGUAGAAGAGAACCAGUUUUAUUUUACUCUUAUAUAUGAGGAAGGAAAGGAAAAUGAAGGUGGUUGCCUAUACAGAAAGUCUCAGGGGAAAUUCCACUCACUUCCUGGCUACCCACAAUGCUUUUUGACUAAUGGAGUAGUCAACUUCUUCCUGGCUCGUACAGAUGCUGUACAGAAAGUUGGUUUUGACCCUAAGCUACAGCGAGUAGCACAUUCAGAGUUUUUUAUGGAUGGUCUGGGCUCUUUGCUGGUUGCAUCAUGUAGUCACGUAUCCAUUGGUCAUCAACCCAAAACAACCGACAGCCAAAUUUCUAUAUACGACGAAUAUAGACACCCGGGAGAAAAUGAUGAAGAAUUCAAACUGCAGCUUCACUUUUACAAAAACAACCUUAAGUGCAUUACAUAUGGAUAGAAGAUUCAUUCAAAGAACAUCAGUGUCACUUGUAAUGUCAUAUUGUUUUGUCAUGGUCCCAGGGUUAUCUGAGUUUAGGAUUCUCAGUGAAUAUAGCUGAGUUUGGCUCUCUGUUUGGAUUUUAUUCAUCAAGAUUUUUUUUCUUUAUUAUUCCUAUAGAGAUUAAUAUCUUGUGAUGUUGGUGACACUGAAUUCUGUUUUUACUUAUUUUCUUUUGCUGUUUUGUCAUCCUGUGUUUUCACUCAUGUUUUCAUUGUAAACCUAAUACACUGAACUUUAAAACUUUAUAUAUCUUCACAGAAGUACAAAACACGCUAAAAUCUAAUAGAUGUUGUGAGUCAUUUAUCUAUGCUACCUAUGUUUAUAUUUAAUAAAACCAAAGAAAUAAAUAUACAUACUGUAGAAGAAUGAACAGUGUCGUAACAGUAAUAGUUCCUUAAAAUUUAUACUUAUGAUAGUUUACACAGAUGUAAUCAGAUGCCAUAAUUUCCCUUCUAACCACAUGUUUGAAUCCUGGUGUAAAUGGGCUAAAGAGUUCACUUUUAUAGAAGCAAUGUUUACUGAGAGGGGGGUGGUUGUCAGUGAGCUUUAGAUGCUGGUUUGUUGAAUGGGUUAUGUUGGUUUUUUGUUCAGUCUUUUACAGACAACCCACUAGUCUGAGAUGUAUAGGUCAAAGAUUUAUCCAAACAGGUGUGUAUCUUGACCUCACACAGACAUCUGAGUGCCCUAUAAAAAGCUUUUGGACCCAUCUAUUAUUUGUUAAGCAGAAAGAAAAACCCUAACUCACAUUUCAUGUAUUGUUAUAAGUUAUGUAAUAUGU